AUGGGGAAAAAAUCUAAGAGCAAGUCUACCGAGUCCAAUGCUGCAGAAGUCGUAGCCAAUGGGGAGGGUAUCGCAACAUCCAUCCUGACCAGUGAUGCACCGUUUGAUCCAUUGCUGGCUUCUCUAUUCGAGAAAAGCGCCGGACCAGUGCAAGCCCCGUCCAUACAAUACACCGAAUUAGCUUCCCGUCCUUCUAAAUCCAAAGCCACGAAGACGAGGCUUGAAGAUGAUGAAUCAGAUAAUGAACAAGAGUCCGGCAAUGAAGAAGAAAAUAGCGAUCAAGAAAUGCAGGAUCCAGACCAAAGUGAUGAGGAAUCCCUCGCGGAUUCCCACACUGAUCCAUCCACAGACGCGCGUACGAGCCGAAAACGCAAGCGAGGUGCGGCAGAUAAUCUCGAAGAUGUCUAUAUGCAAAAGAUGGCCCGCGAAGAGCGGAAAGAAGAAGCCAAACGCCGGGCGGCCCAAGAAAAGAAGCGCAAGGCUAACGAUUCUGAUGAAAGUAAUGGUCCAUCAGAGAAUGAUGCGUCCUCGGACGAGGAAAACAGCCCCGCACCUGUACACGAAGCUCUAUCUGGAGAACGUGAAGCCCAAGAACUCGACAAAUCAAGCCGUACGGUCUUCUUAGCUAAUGUCUCAAAUUCUGCUAUUACUUCCAAGUCGGCUAAGAGAACACUCAUGAAGCAUCUAUCAUCUUUCCUAUCUACUCUGCCAAACUCUGACAUCCCUCACAAACUGGAAUCAAUUCGUUUCCGCUCUACUGCUUAUGGAACUAAGUUAGGGGUUCCUCGACGUGCGGCCUUUGCGAAUAAGGAGGUCAAGGAUUCGACCACGUCUAGCACCAAUGCCUACGCCGUUUACUCUACAAAGGCUGCCGCCCAGAAAGCUCCAGGUGCUUUGAAUGGCACUGUUGUGCUUGAUCGCCACCUGCGGGUUGACAGUGUUGCUCAUCCGUCUAAGACAGACAACAAACGCUGUGUGUUUGUUGGGAAUCUCGAUUUCGUUGAUAUUGAAAACGAUCCCAAUGAAGAAGGCGAAACUCCCAAAAAGAAGAACACAACACCGGCAGAUAUUGAGGAAGGCUUAUGGCGUACAUUCAAUGCUCAUACAGGAACUGGCGGCCAGAAAAAUGCUGGCGGUGGGAAUGUGGAGUCAGUUCGAGUGGUACGUGACCAGGCGACUCGUGUUGGCAAAGGCUUUGCCUAUGUUCAAUUCUACGAUUCUACCUGUCUCGAAGCAGCGUUGCUCUUGGAUGGCAAGAAAUUUCCCCCAUUACUGCCUCGCAAACUACGUGUUGUACGAGCCAAAAAGGUGACCAAGAAACACGACGUGGAUCGACGCAGUCGUGCCCGAGGUGACGGCGCUCGCGACACUCUUGGUGGUCGAGCUAAUAAGCUUUUUGGACGAGCUGGUGCAGCCAAGGUCCGAAAUAGCGAUGGUAGCACGCCAUUUAUUUUUGAGGGUCAGCGUGCAGUCGAAGGGGCCGGUCAACUCAAGGUCAGAGCCAAAUCUCGUGGGUUGAAAAAGAAGAAUCGCAGCUCUCGGCGUGCUGCGGCAUAUCGUGCUUCUGGGGGGAACCGUCACAGGUCGUAG